AUGGCAGGGAUUGUUCACAUCUUCCAUGCUGGAAGGAGAGGUUACCGCCAAAGGGUCCACACCGAGCGCCCCAAACCUCUCCAACAGUACACAACAGAAGAACUGUACAAUCGUUUUCGAUUUGGACUUGAUGACAUCAACUACAUUGCUGAUCUGGUCAGGCCACAACUGCAGUGCAGAACCUUGCGUAGUCAUGCUCUGACUGUAGAGGAACAGGUCCUCAUUGCCCUGCGCUUUUACACAUGUGGAACAUUCUAUCAGGUCAUAGCUGACAGCAUGGGAGUCCACAGGAGAACAGUGGGUGAAGUGGUGACAGCUGUGUCUGAUGCACUGGCUCGCCUGCUGGAUCACUUUGUGACUUUUCCCAAUGAUGGCCAGAUUGCCAAAGUGAAGCAGCAAUUUUUUCUUCUGGGAGACAUGCCCAACACCAUUAGGGUGAUCGACUGCACCCAUGUACAUAUUCAAGCACCUCGUCAGAGGGAGUGGGAAUAUGUCAACAGGAAAGGGAUCAGCAUCAAUGUGCAAAUUGUGGGAGAUGCUGACCACCUUGCCAUCACCAACUGUGUUGUGAGAUGGCCUGGGUCAGUCCAUGAUGCACGAAUCUUCAGAGAGAGCCGGUUGUUCACUGAAUUUCAAACCAACAGGCCGGAUGGAGUUAUAUUAGCCGACAGUGCCUACCCACUCCUACCAUGGGUGAUGACACCUUUUCCCACGGCAAACACUCCCUCACAGAUGCGCUACAACAACGCCCAUGGAAGAACAAGGUGUGUCAUUGAGCGCUUGAAUGGAGUACUGAAGAGGCGUUUUGCAUGCCUGAACUAUCUGAGAGUGGAACCCCAACGAGCAUGCUGCAUAACACUGGCUUGUAUUGUGCUACACAAUAUCGCUGUCCAUCGCAGAGUCCCCCUCUCUGACAUCGAUGAUCCCCCAGAGUCCCUCGCACCUGCUGAUGAUCUAGGCCCACCUAUGGAUUUCCCUCUAAAUGAGAGACUGAGUGGUGGUGCAAUGCGAGAUGCUAUUGUCCGCAAUUACUUUUGA